GUUUAUAUCAAUACUGUUCAGGCCCCGGAGGUCGAUUGUCACGCCCCAUUUAGCAUUGGCAGCUCCCGAAUUAGGCGAAUGGCCCCCAGAGCGGAUUGAGAAGGUAGAGUUUGCUGAUGCCGACAGAAUUUUCACAAUAGUCGAUACUUCCUCCACCGAGGAUGGGGGACGAUGCAUGUAAGUCUUCUCACUGCAAUUCAGAAUUUCCGAAUCCAUACUAUCAUUUAUCUGGAAAGAUUGGGAUAGGCCUUUCUCCCAAAACUCGAAUUGAUUCCAGCAGUAUUGAUCUUCCUACAGGUCAUGCCGGCUCAUUCUUCCAGGACUUCAAUGGAGCAAUUGCAGACGCAACGUGCGUACUUCAACAUCCGUAGCUCAUGAAAAUGCCAAGUCUGACCAUCCCAGAAAAUACUACAACGACACGAAAGAACCGUUCUCCAUGGUUGUCGGCGGCCAACAAGUAUGCAUCGUUUCGAGUCCGAAGCAUAUUUCUGAACUCUACAAAGACACCGUGAGCUUCAAUCGUGACCUGAUGAGCAAGGAACUCUAUCACAGAGCCGGUAUUUCUCGCCGAGUAGUGGACCGCAUUUUUGACGUCGAUCCCAAGGCCUCGUACAAUGUCAAUAGCGCCCGGUGGAUGCACAGCACGGAUACUAUGAUGGCUUUAUACCGUCAACAUCUCUCACCCGGCAAAAGUCUUGAUGACCUCGUCGCCGACGGAAUAGCACCUUGCACCCUCAAAGCACUUGCUCCUAGGGCGAUACCAGCACCUGCGUCCGUCCGAGCUGUAUCUCUUCACAGCGUGUGCGUUGAAAUUUUUGUGAAAGGCAUAGCAGAAGCGUACUAUGAAUCUGUUCUCUGGGAGAUUGAGCCGAACGUUGUGAGAUGGUAUAUGGUGUGGGAAAGGGUGAACUGGAAGUUCAUCUUCGGCUUGCCGGCGUUCCUCGGCCGGGACAUGCAAACUGCCCGACGGCAUCUGGUGGGCACCUUCGCAAAGUACUUCAUCCUACCGCAAGAGCAGCGAGAGCAGGGCAAUUGGUGGGUUCAGGCGGUGGAAGGGGUCCUCCGCCAGGACAAGCUCGACGACCAUGAGAUUGGCUGCAUGUUUAUGCUACAGACCUGGGCGUGAGUAGCUCUGUGCCGCUGGGAUUGCCACUUCAGAUUCCCUAACCACAAACGAAAACAGGAUUCUGGGAAACAUGUUCAAAACUGCCUUCUGGCUCGUUGCGCACAUCCUGUACGACCUAAGCAUUCUGGACGCGAUCCGGGUUGAGAUCCAACCUGCCUUGACAGGCGACCAGGUCGAUCAUCGAUAUCUCGUCGAGCAUUGUCCCCACCUGGAUUCGCUCUUCUCGGAGGUGCUACGUCUAAGAAUGGCCAGUCCCAUGGUGCGCGACAUUGCGGU